UUCUGCCUCCUCGGGCGCUUCGUCUCCCUCCAAGUCCUCCACUUAUGAAUCCUCAUCUCCUUUGGGGGAGACUGACCAAAGGUUGUCCAAUCGUCUUUCAAAGGUUUGCGAUUCUAGUUUGGGCUCUGACUCCGAAGAAGAUAUCGCCUCCUCCCAUCUGGACAGCACCAGCUCCUCCAGCAAGUUGCAUACCUCCGAUGCAACCUCGGGCCGUAAAUCCAGAGACGCACCAGGUUCAAAUCCAGCUUUUCGUGGUUACUACACAUCCUCCUUCUACGCUGAUACUAACGGUAAUUACUCACCUCGUAAGUCGACUGAAAAGAGUUCACCGGACACAAACUCGAGGCGAGGAAACUUGAAACGUUCAUCCGCUGACCCUGGCUUUACCACCAAGCUUGGCUCUGGAAAGCGUACUAAACCCGGAUCUGACAAAAACCCCGACGGAAACGGUAGCAGUUCUGCUGCCGGUGCCAAUGCUACUAGUACUGUUGUCGCUUCCGACAGCGGUCAUUCUAGCUCCUCUCCUGCGCUCGCGUCAGCACCCUCUAACCAGCAGGCCUCAGUGCUUCAAAACUCAGCCCAGAUAUUUUCGUCAGCCGCCUCCUCAGCCUCCUCUGUGUCUCCGGCGACACUCUCCUCCAGUUCUGGCAUCGGGUCCAGUCUCAGUGAUCAAAAAUCCGUCGACGCCUCCCCCGGCGAUCUGGGUGAGCGCGUCCGUCAAAAGUUGAAUGAACGCAUUGAGGCGCUCAUUCUGGAGCGAGAUCGUGCCCGUGAGAAGUUGUCACAAAUGGAGAGUUAUGUGUCCAAGCUGGAACAUGAACACAAGAUGGAGAUUUGCGAGUGCAAAAAACGGUCUUGGUGUGUCAUCUGUUUGAAGGAGGCACUCUAUCAUUGCUGUGCCGGUGUGGCCUACUGUUCCAAGGAAUGCCAGCUAAAACACUGGACCAGUCAGCACAGUCCUAUUUCACCCUCCCGUGAGGGUAUGCCCACUACUGCUCAGGCCUCCGGCCGUGCAACUGAUGGCCCAUGUCCACCGCGAGACGAGGCCCAGUACUUGCAACUCAUAGCCUUUUACGGCGUUUUCUUGUUUGCAAUUCUGUGCCCCAAGAUGAAGCGGACUGUUGUAGUGGCUUUCGCUCCCAUUCCCCCAACCUCCCUGCUGUACAUUUUGCGCUGUGGAAUGCCGUUGCCUGGUAGCGGCUUAACCAUCUGUACAUCUCCUCAUCGCUGUGAUUCAAACAGUUAG